AUGGCGGCGUGUGGACGUGUAAGGAGGAUGUUCCGCUUGUCGGCGGCGCUGCAGCUGCUGCUGCUCGCCGCGACCGGGGCCCAGAAACUCCCGCUGCAGGGCGGCCACAGCCAGGUCAAAGGCCCGGGCGCCAACUAUGUGUCCUUGGUAGGGCAGGCUGGAGGCGGCAACCCGGCGGGUCAGCAGCUGCCCCAGCUGCCUCAGCUGCCUCAGUCAUCGCAGCUCCAGCCGCAGCAGCAGCAGCAGCCGCCGCAGCCGCCUUUCCCCGCGGGUGGGCCUCCGGCCCGGCGGGGCGGAGCGGGGCCCGGCGGGGCUGGUGGCGGCUGGAAGCUGGCGGAGGAAGAGUCCUGCAGGGAGGACGUGACCCGUGUGUGCCCCAAGCACACCUGGAGCAACAACCUGGCGGUGCUUGAGUGCCUGCAGGACGUGAGGGAGCCUGAAAAUGAAAUUUCUUCAGACUGCAAUCAUUUAUUGUGGAAUUAUAAGCUGAACCUAACUACAGAUCCCAAAUUUGAAUCUGUGGCCAGAGAGGUUUGCAAAUCUACCAUAUCAGAGAUUAAAGAAUGUGCUGAUGAGCCAGUUGGAAAAGGUUACAUGGUUUCUUGCUUGGUGGAUCACCGAGGCAACAUCACUGAGUAUCAGUGUCACCAGUACAUUACCAAGAUGACUGCCAUCAUUUUCAGUGAUUACCGUUUAAUCUGUGGCUUCAUGGAUGACUGCAAAAAUGACAUCAACAUCCUGAAAUGCGGCAGCAUUCGGCUUGGAGAAAAGGAUGCACAUUCACAAGGUGAGGUGGUAUCGUGCUUGGAGAAAGGCCUGGUGAAGGAAGCAGAAGAAAGAGAUCCCAAGAUUCAAGUCUCUGAACUCUGCAAGAAAGCCAUUCUCCGGGUGGCUGAGCUGUCCUCAGAUGACUUUCAUUUAGACCGGCAUUUAUAUUUCGCUUGCCGAGAUGAUCGAGAGCGUUUUUGUGAAAAUACACAGGCUGGUGAAGGCAGAGUGUAUAAGUGCCUCUUUAACCAUAAAUUUGAAGAAUCCAUGAGUGAAAAGUGUCGGGAAGCACUAACGACCCGCCAAAAGCUGAUUGCCCAGGAUUAUAAAGUCAGCUAUUCAUUGGCCAAAUCCUGUAAGAGUGAUUUGAAGAAAUACCGGUGCAAUGUGGAAAAUCUUCCUCGGUCCCGGGAGGCCAGGCUCUCUUACCUUCUAAUGUGCCUGGAGUCAGCUGUGCACAGAGGGCGACAAGUGAGCAGUGAGUGCCAGGGGGAGAUGUUAGAUUACCGACGCAUGUUGAUGGAAGAUUUUUCUUUGAGCCCUGAGAUCAUCCUAAGCUGUCGGGGGGAGAUUGAACACCACUGUUCUGGAUUACAUCGAAAAGGGCGAACCCUGCACUGUCUAAUGAAAGUAGUUCGGGGAGAGAAGGGGAACCUUGGAAUGAACUGCCAGCAGGCGCUUCAAACUCUGAUUCAAGAGACUGACCCCGGUGCGGAUUACCGCAUUGAUCGAGCUUUGAAUGAAGCUUGUGAAUCUGUAAUACAGACAGCCUGCAAACACAUAAGAUCCGGAGACCCAAUGAUCCUCUCGUGUCUGAUGGAACAUUUAUACACAGAGAAAAUGGUGGAAGACUGUGAGCACCGUCUCUUAGAGCUGCAGUAUUUCAUCUCCCGAGAUUGGAAGUUGGACCCUGUCUUAUACCGCAAGUGCCAGGGAGAUGCUUCUCGUCUUUGCCACACCCACGGUUGGAAUGAGACCAGUGAACUUAUGCCUCCUGGAGCUGUGUUCUCUUGUUUAUAUAGACACGCCUACCGCACUGAGGAACAGGGAAGGAGGCUCUCACGAGAGUGCCGAGCUGAAGUCCAAAGGAUCCUACACCAACGUGCCAUGGAUGUUAAGCUAGAUCCUGCCCUCCAGGAUAAGUGCCUGAUUGAUCUAGGAAAAUGGUGUAGUGAGAAGACAGAGACUGGACAGGAGCUUGAGUGCCUCCAGGACCAUCUGGAUGAUUUGGCCGUGGAGUGCAGAGAUAUAGUUGGCAACCUCACCGAGUUAGAAUCAGAGGAUAUUCAAAUAGAAGCCUUGCUGAUGAGAGCCUGCGAGCCCAUAAUUCAGAACUUUUGCCAUGAUGUGGCAGAUAACCAGAUAGACUCUGGGGACUUGAUGGAGUGUCUGAUACAGAACAAGCACCAGAAAGAAAUGAAUGAGAAGUGUGCCAUUGGAGUCACCCACUUCCAGCUGGUGCAGAUGAAGGAUUUUCGGUUCUCUUACAAGUUUAAAAUGGCUUGCAAGGAGGAUGUGUUGAAACUUUGCCCCAACAUAAAAAAGAAGGUGGAUGUGGUCAUCUGCCUGAGCACCACCGUGCGCAAUGACACUCUACAGGAAGCCAAGGAGCACAGGGUGUCUCUCAAGUGCCGCAAGCAGCUCCGUGUGGAGGAGCUAGAGAUGACAGAAGACAUCCGUCUGGAACCAGAUCUGUAUGAAGCCUGCAAGAGUGACAUCAAGAACUACUGUUCCACGGUGCAAUAUGGCAAUGCUCAGAUUAUUGAAUGUCUGAAAGAAAACAAGAAACAGCUAAGUACCCGUUGCCACCAGAAAGUAUUUAAGCUGCAGGAGACAGAGAUGAUGGACCCAGAACUAGAUUACACUCUCAUGAGAGUCUGCAAACAGAUGAUAAAGAGGUUCUGUCCAGAAGCAGAUUCUAAAAACAUGUUGCAGUGUUUGAAGCAAAAUAAAAACAGUGAAUUGAUGGAUCCCAAAUGCAAACAGAUGAUAACUAAGCGCCAGAUCACCCAGAACACAGAUUACCGCUUAAACCCUGUGCUAAGGAAAGCCUGUAAAGCUGACAUUCCUAAAUUCUGUCAUGGUAUCCUGACUAAGGCCAAGGAUGAUUCAGAGCUAGAAGGUCAAGUCAUCUCUUGCCUCAAGCUGAGAUACGCUGACCAGCGCCUGUCUUCAGACUGCGAAGACCAGAUCCGGGUUAUUAUCCAGGAGUCUGCUCUAGAUUACCGACUAGAUCCUCAGCUACAGCUGCACUGCUCAGAUGAGAUCUCCAGUCUAUGUGCUGAAGAAGCAGCAGCCCAGGAGCAGACAGGGCAAGUAGAGGAGUGCCUAAAAGUCAACCUGCUCAAGAUCAAAACUGAAAUGUGUAAAAAGGAAGUGUUAAACAUGCUGAAGGAAAGCAAAGCAGACAUCUUUGUGGACCCAGUUCUUCAUACAGCUUGUGCCCUGGACAUUAAACACCACUGUGCAGCCAUCACCCCUGGCCGAGGGCGUCAAAUGUCCUGCCUCAUGGAGGCCCUGGAGGAUAAGCGGGUGAGGUUACAACCCGAGUGCAAAAAACGUCUUAAUGACCGGAUUGAAAUGUGGAGUUAUGCAGCAAAGGUGGCCCCAGCAGAUGGCUUCUCUGAUCUCGCCAUGCAAGUGAUGACAUCCCCAUCAAAGAACUACAUUCUCUCCGUGAUCAGUGGGAGUAUCUGUAUAUUGUUCCUGAUUGGCCUAAUGUGUGGACGUAUCACCAAGCGAGUGACACGAGAGCUUAAGGACAGGUAGAGCCACCUUGACCACCAAAGGAACUACCUGUCCAGUGCCCAGUUUGUACAGCCCUCCUGUAUAGUGUACCCACUCACCUCGCUCUUCUAAGAGGUGACACCAACACCUGUGUUAGCGUAACAGCAAGUGUCCACUGCAUUGUCCCAUCCAGACUUCGCCUGUGUCCAUGGUGUCCUCCUCCUGAAUCAUUUGUGCAGCAGCAGCAGCUGGCCGAUUUGGUGGUUGCCUUUGUUGGCAAACUUGGGUUUACCUGCCCAUAGACAAGUCUCUCUCAUACCAACAAAACUACCAGUACUUCCAGAACCGACUCACUGACCUGCAACUCAAAUGCUUUUUUUAAAAAACCACCAAAAAAAAAAAAAAAAGAAAAGAAAAUUUUAAAGAAGAAAAUGUAUAUAGUAACACAUCUCUUCCAGGCUUCAUUUGGACAGUGGGGUUAUUUCUUCUGCAUGACCAUGUAAAAUGAAGGCAGGACUUAGAGGGGAAACAUACCACCCAAUACGCCUGUAACUGAGAUGUCUUGUUCAUCUCUCAGAAGUACCUUUGAGCCAUGUCAGGGCUAUGGACUUCACCAAGUAGUGAGAAAACACUAACCAGCCUGCUUUGGGUCCUGUUUUCUUCUGCUAAAACAGUGAUGCCUUCCAGUUCCCACCCUAAAUGAGCCACUGCUGGUCACAUCCCCAAAGCCAUGGUUAUUAUUAUGAUUUCCUCACCUCAGUGAAAUAAAGCGUGAGCUUUCCUAGGCCAAGGGCAAAUUUGUUGGGGAAGGGAUCAGAAGUUUGUGAAGCUGGACAAUCCAUUGAUCUACACUGAGAGGCUGGAUUUUGAGUCCCGAGGCAGCAGAAUCCCAGUAACCUUCCUCCUCCAGGAUAGUGCAGGACUCAGCCACAUCUGGACGGGCCCUACUGACACAGCAGUUACUCUAGAAGUUCUUUGCUUCACCAAGAGAGAGUGACUGUGCGGGGAGGGGUGCUUUAAAACUUGGGUGGGGAGCAGCAGGGCAGGAAGGAGGAACAAGGGUUUGAUUCACUUUGUUUUAUUUUUCAGGCUACAAUACAGGUCAGAGACAAUAGCUUAUAAAGAUUUAGCAUGGUUUCAGGAUGUGACUGGCAGGCAGUCCAACCUGACCUUUCUGCACGCUCCAGGCAAACUUCCCAGACAAGCUCCUUUGUGCCUCUACAUGGAGAGGGUGUGGAAAGUUAUUACAUUAAAAGGUGGAGGAUUUUCUCCAUUUUUUGUUUGUUUCUGUCCAUUUGCUGCAUGUACCCACUCAGGUAGGCAUGGGCUAAAAGUUGUGUUUUGGCGAUUCAGCAACCUCUCCAGAAUCUGAGCUUUAUAGAAGCAGUAUUUCCGGCCAUCCCCCUUUGUUCCUCUAGUGUGGCAAUGACAGGUCUGGGGUAUGAGGGGGAGGAGUCCAGGCAUCCUGGUUCAACCUGGCACAACUUUGGUUGAGUUUGGGGCACGAGGUCGUAGUGGCUGCACAAGAGGGCAGCAUGUACAGUAGGAGAUAUAUUUAUAUAAUAUAUAUUUUAUUAACCUGUUAGAUUUCCACGAAGUAUUAUAAAUCAUGUGCCUAAAACUAUCCACAUAGACCGAGGCCUGUUCACGGCGCCCUUCCUUCUCCUGCCUCUCCUUUGUGCUGUCCGCGUGUGUUGCCGUACCUGAGCAACAUUUGUCUUCCUGAAGCUUGUUCAGUACAGGGCGUGUCAGUUUGUGGAUCAGUUGAUCCAGAUGACUCCUUGUCUAACCUGACUGAUGUGUAUUUGAAUACCAUGGUUUUCUUCCUUUUCUUUCUUUUCUCUUUUUCACUGACCUUCCUGGAGGCAGUGGGUUCCAGAAGUCAGUUAUCCCGCCUUCCUAGGGUAAUGUAAGUCACCAAGGGGAGCUGCUAAGCUGCUUGGUCCCCUCAGUCCUGUUCAUAGGGUCUUCCUGAUUCUCAGUAACUGUCAUAGGAUUCUUCAAUCUCACAACACUUGACACGUUUGGAGUACAAGCAGCACACCCUUAUCACCACCACUGGGGGGCGGAAUUGAGCUGGUGCAGGUAUGCCCUCUCCAGUGCUUCCCAUCUGGAUGGCGGGGGCUGCUGAGCCUUGAUAUCAGUAAGUGGGAAUGUCAUCUAGAUGCUGGCCUCCACCACCAUGUCUGGUGUGGUUUACAGGGUAGGAUUAACGUUCACUGUUUAACUCGGGUGGUGGUGUCACUCUCCAUGUCUGCAGUGUCCCUCCCAAUAUAGGUAAAACAUCCUUAUAUUUCUAGUGCUUCUCACUAUUUCUGUUCUUUCUUUUUUUUUUUUUUUGUGACCGGCACUCAGCCAGUGAGUGCACCGGUCAGUCCUAUAUAGGAUCCGAACCCGCGGCGGGAGCGUCGCCGCGCUCCCAGCCCAGCACUCUACCAAGUGCGCGCAGCACUCUACCAAGUGCGCCACAGGCUCGGCCCUUAUUUCUGUUCUUUCUAAACUGAGAGAAAAUCCCUUUAGUUGUGUGCAGCAGAUUUGGAAGUUUGAUGAGGAGUUUAGUUCUUGAAGUAUUUGUCGUCUUUAGAAAAGGUCAGAACAGAAAGAAUGACUCUGCCGGUAUCUUCAGUUGCUUGUUACAGGAAAGUCUUUCAUCAGCCUACUUGGAGUAGUUUCCUGUGACUGGCUUUUGAGAGUCAGGCAGGGUCCCGAGCAAGUUUCUCUAAGUCCAAGGGGCCCAGCACCAUCUGAACUGGCUGCCUGACCACGUGCAUUCAGUACCUCGUUUGGCAUAACAAAAUAGGUUCUGGGAACCCCUGUUUCCUGGCCUCAUAGGUUGAUCAGACUGUAAAUCAGCUAGUCAAAACUAGUCUGGAAGAGGAACCGUGACCCUAACGUAGGAGCUGAUGGUGGACUCUGGCCUUUAUCUCUUCUGAUGUCUAGCCCACAAACAAUAAUAUAAAUAGUGGGUACGGUUUUUUGCCAAGGCUAAGGCUCCAGGCACUUGCUGAAAAUUACAGCAGCUGGUCACUGUCAUCUGGCCUUGCCCUUUCAUACCAGUGUCUCGGGGACUCUUACACCCAGUGUGCUCCACAACCCUCUGGAGGCAUCGGGAGUCCAGGCUCCUGAGCUGGAGGCACUGUAGUACAGGGGAUAGAAGUCUGGGCAAAAUGUCAGGAACAAGACUAAUAGCUCCCUCUAAUGGAGCUUCUUCCACAGAAGGGGAGCUCUGUGAGUGAGACCUUUACUUUGGUACAUCCCUGUACUUCCUCUGCUGUUGCUACUGUCCCAAGACAAGUCUGCUACCAAGAUGCGCCGACUCCAAAGGCUUGGGCUUGCUCUGGGAAAUCCUUCCUUCUCUGCGUUCCCUGGAUACCCUCUGGCUACCACUCCCAGCUCCAGCUCUAUGUAUCCAGUCAGCUUGUUCUGAGCCAGUGCAUCCUUAGAAGCUAGGAGAAUUCUAGGACUACCGAUGAACUAGUAUUUAGUGAGCAGGUGUUUACUUGAACUCAUUGCAGGCCUUCGGCCAUCUCAUCCUGCACUUACCCUUCUCGGGCACAGUGAGCAGCUCAGUUGGGGGAGGCAGGGGUGCAGUGCGGGCAAUGGUGAGGCCAUCUGCAUUCACAUUUUACAUUUUAUUAGACAAACUGGAAAGGGAAUUAUGUGGCUGACUUCCUUUUGACCUUCUGAAGAGAAGAGUCACUCUUAUGUAUCAGUGUGACAUUUGGGAAUAUUUCCAUCCUCCCCACCUCCAGGCUGUGGGCUGCCUUUGUCCCAAAGAUUCCUACUAUCAUGUAUCGUCCAGGGAGGGGUGGGUUAUUCCAUGGGGACUCCUUUCUUAGCUGGUUUCAGGUCUCUCUGAGAGACCUUCCCUAUUUCUUCCCCUUCUCCAUCACAAAAAUAAACAUUCUCCAUGUAGAACUUAUUCUAAGUCAGCCGAUAUAGAGCACGAAGCUGGACUAGGAACCCUCAGAAGUGAGCCAACCCAGCCUGGCGCAUCCACCCUAAAUUUUGGCCAUAGAACCAAAAGAAGAAUAUGGUUUUUUGAAUUAUGUACAUUUUGGUAUGUUUACUUGUAUUUCACCUUCUUAGGAAUUAGAAAAACCUCAGAGAUGAGAAUACUUCCUUUUGUUUCUCACCAUUUGGGCAGUACCUGAGUAGUUUUCUAAAAUGCAUCAUUCUAGUGUCAUGAGUUCCUCUUGGGCCUUUAGGGACACUCCUCUCCUAACUCAUCUCUUCACCAUGGGGAUUUGGUUCCCAAAGGGCCUGGGGCUGGAUCUAGUGUUCUGGCCCGCCCUUCCCUCCCACUUGUCUUUGCUUUGCCAUCCCUCUAGCCACACUCCUUCUUGGUCCUCCUCCGUCACUAGGACCAGCGUCACAUUUUAGGGCAAUCCAGUUUGAAGCCAGAUCCCCCUUCCUACCCAGACCUCAGACAACAGAUAAGUCAUUAGCAAACCCAGAUGGAAUCUUCAUGGUUACACAUUCCCCCAAGCCAUCUGGUAAUAUCUCUGUGGGGACCCAGGGACUGUUUAUCACCUGGCAGCACAAAGAUGGGGCUGUCCGGUCAGGCUGGUGGUGACAGGGUCCUGACAGGUGGUCUCCUCUCCCUGGUCCUUCCCAUGAUUGGCCAUGACACACGGGUAGGAUGUCGGGCUCUGUGCAAGGAGAAAUCUUCCUUGGCAAGGAGAAAGUUCAGACAGUGCCUCUAUAUUUUUUUCCCUGCCCCCCCCCCCCCGCCAAUGUAGAAUUGACACCUGACCCAGAGCCCAGCAGGGCCCUCUGCCAGACAUGCCAGGGUGGUUUGAGCAGGCUCCCCAGGUCAAACCAGUAGAGUGGUGGAGGGGCCGGUGGGAGAGCUGGCAGCGGGAAGGCUUCCUGAGCAGAUUCUCUCAGCACAAUGUUCCCAGGUCAGUCCAAGCAGGAAAACAGACUGUACAGCAAAUGCUGUGUGAGAUCUUAGGCCUUUAACUUUUUUUUUUUGGAAAGAAAGAAAAAAGAAAAGUACAAUUAACUAGCCUCUUUUGUAAAUGGGUUUCCUUUCUAUGUAUAAAAUGCCGUCAGUUCCUUAUUUUUACAUGUUCAUGCUGUGUAAUUUUGAGAUGUUACUGAAAUUCUGAACAUAAUGUGCAUUUUUUUCUGUACAGAUGAAAUGGGAGAAUUUAAUAAAGAGUUUGCAGGUUUUUACUUGUUAAA